UUAGCCUCGUUAUCACUGCCACAAUAGUACAAACAUAUUCCUCUCCAUUCUUUUCCCUCUCCAUUCUUUUUCUCUUGCUAUGGACCAACCCUCGUCAUGCGUGACAGUCCAAGAAAUCCCAUCCAAAAGCUCAUCGGGUGGUACUUCGACAUCUGUCGAAAGAGACCAAGAAGGAGAGAAAAUCAUAACCAUGAGGAAGAACAUCAAGAAAAGAGCAACGGGCAAUGAUGCAAUAAGAAGGUUUCUUGGGGUGAGACAAAGGCCUUCGGGAAGAUGGGUCGCCGAAAUCAAGGACUCUUCGCUGAAGCUGAGGCUUUGGUUGGGCACUUUCAAUAGCGCCGAGGAAGCCGCUUUGGCUUACGACAGCGCGGCUCGGCUUCUCCGAGGGAGGAACGCGAAGACAAACUUCCCGUGCCACCAGCCGAUCGGUAUUCACCACGAGUUGAACUGCAGUUUCAUAGGACAGCAUCCAAAAGUCGACCAGAUUCUUCAGCAUGCAAACAUGAAGCAGCAACAAGCAAGAUCAUCAUCGUCAUCAUCAGUUCUCAACUCUUUUCUCGAUUAUCCAUGGCAAGAUCGGAACGAGAGCAGUGAAGGUGGUUCGAAGGAUGUCGACACCCUCAUCGAAGACACGAUAGUUUGCUCGUUGACCUCAUCAAAAGAAGGUUCGGACGGUUGCGGUAUACAAGGAAACGAGUCCUGUGGGCUCUCAUUAUUUGGUAGUUCUAAGGUUUAUUCCUCAGUGUUCGUGGCCCCUUCUUUUAGUUCUUCAGCGUGUCAAGGUGAAAGAGGAGAAUAUGAUCUUCAAGAGGCUUAGUUUAUUGAUAGCCUAAGCUCAUGGUGACCACUGCUUCUCAAUCGUCAUAAGUAUAUUAAGUUUUGCCUUCCGGUUUGGUGUUUUAUCAGUUGUUUGGUAACCCCAAUAAUAUCUCCAGUGAUGUGUAUGCUCUCUGAUUGUAGUGAUCGUAUGAUAUGAAGUUGCUGUUAGCUACUA